CCCAAAGCUUCGUCCAGGCUGGAGCUAGGUCGGGUAGGCCAGGUCCCAAGUGGGGAUUUCUGAGCCCAUAGUGUUCUGCUGCAACUACAAAUGACGUUCAGCGCUUUAGGGGUUUUCUAGGGUUUUAGCCAAGAUUAAAGACUGGAUUUUGAUUUUCGAUUCUAUGGCUGAGAAGCUCAUGCAAAAGGUGGAAAUGGAAGAACUCGAAGAAGAAGAAGAAGAAGUUGAAGAUCAGCUCGAAGACUGGGAUGAUUGGAACUCGGACGAAGAAGAUUCGGACAGAGGUUUUAUCUGUUUGUUCUGCAAUAUGAAAUACAGUUCGACCGAAACCCUGUUCGAGCAUUGUAGUUCCACUCACCAUUUUGACUUUCAGAGUAUCAGGGAAUCCUUGGGUUUAGAUUUCUACGGUUGCUUCAAGCUCAUCAACUACGUCAGGUCUCAGGUGGCAGAAAAUAGAUGCUGGACUUGUGGGCUUACCUGCCAGUCUAACAAGGAUCUACUGAAUCAUUUACAUGAACCAGUCAGUUUGGGUGACAGCAAGAACUUUUGGCAAGAUGAUAAGUAUCUUAAACCUUAUAUGCAAGAGGAUUCACUGUUGCACAGUUUUGCAGAAGAUGAAGAUGGUGAAGAUGAUUGUACCACAUCUGUUGAUAGAGAGGAACUAAUGAAAGAACUGGGGAUCACACUAGACUUUGAAAAUAUCUGCAUUGAUGAUGGGAAUACUUUUGAUUUGGUUUGUUCCAAACCUGAUACCAAUGAUGAAAAUGUACGGAAGGCUUCAUCCUCUGCAUCUAGUAGCCUUUUUAAUGUUGGAGAUCAGUUGGAGAAAGCUAUGGUUGAUCUUAUUGAGACAAAAGACAAUAUUGGAUUUACCCACAAAAGGCAAGAGGAUAAACAUAAAAGACUGCAAUUUGCAGAAACUGUUGCAAAGAAAAUCAAGAAUGCCAACGAAAAUUAUUUUGGAUCAUAUAGUUCUUUUGGCAUCCAUAGAGAGAUGAUCAGUGAUAAGGUAAGAAUGGAUGCUUAUAUGGGAGCAAUCUUGAACAAUCCUUCUCUUUUGAAUGGUGCAACUAUCUUAGAUGUGGGUUGUGGCACUGGAAUAUUAAGUCUUUUUGCAGCCCAAGCAGGGGCAUCAAGGGUUAUCUCUGUAGAAGCCAGUCAUAAGAUGGCUUCCGUGGCCACUCAGGUUGCAAAAGAUAAUGGUUUGUUAUGGAAUGGUAGCUUUACUGGAGGUAAUAACCAGUGCACUGGGGUAAUCAAUGUGGUGCAAGGUAUGAUUGAAGAACUUGAUGAAUCCCUGAAUAUUCCACCCAACAGUGUCGAUGUUCUGUUAAGUGAAUGGAUGGGAUAUUGCCUACUCUAUGAAUCAAUGGUCAGCUCAGUGCUUUAUGCAAGGGAUCGAUGGUUGAAGCCUGGUGGUGCCAUUCUUCCAGACACUGCAACUAUUUUUGUAGCAGGGUUUGGAAGAGGUGGAACCAGUAUUCCAUUUUGGGAAAAUGUAUAUGGUUUCAAUAUGUCUUGCAUUGGCAAGGAAGUUGCACAGGAUGCUGCCCAGCUUCCUGUUGUUGAUGUAGUGGACAGCCAUGAUAUAGUGACUAAUGCUGUGGUUCUCCAGUCCUUUGAUCUGGUAAACAUGAAGCCUCAGGAGAUGGACUUCACUGCUAGCGUCGAAUUAGAACCAAAGUCAGGCCACCCUGGCGACAACCACACAGAUUUGCAACCCAAGAUAACCUGGUGUUAUGGAGUUGUCUUGUGGUUUGAAACUGGUUUCACAAGCAGGUUCUGCAAAGAGGUGCCUACUGUUCUAUCCACAUCACCGUAUUCUCCCGAAACGCACUGGUACCAAACCAUCUUCACAUUCCGAGAACCAAUUGCAAUGGCAUCAGGAAAACCAGAAUGCAAUGGUAUGGCAGAAAUUGGCACUGAAACCUGCCCUGCCAUGAAAAUCCAAUCACGUAUAAGUAUUGUCCGAGCUGAACAACAUCGUUGCAUUGACAUAUCAUUGGAGACCGUGGGGAUCUGUUGUGAUGGUAGAAAACGGAGUUGGCCUGUUCAGAUCUUUAGAUUAUAAAAGGAUUUUCCUUGGUUCUACCAGUGAGUUGUUCCAGCUGGCAGUUUUCAAUGUUUGCCCUGGUUAUUUGUUUUGGAGUAAUUGGGAUUAAAGCACGGCUCAAAUGAGUUGUGUCAUUUCCCUAUCCAUGUUCAUGUUUUGUUGUGUAUCUAAACAAGUUACUCUUAUUUAGGUUUGAUUCCAUUUCUGCUUUUUCCUUUUUUUA